AUGGGGUUGAGGUCAUGGAUGAGCCUGUCUGGCGCAUUAACUGUUCUCACUGCUUAUUAUAUUGGUCACAUGGUGAACACAUUCUACAAAAUAUACUCUGUUCCUGCCUGCGGGGGAAGUUAUAUGUGUCUAAAGCCUAUGAUAAGUGGCGAAAUAAGUGGAGAGUGGCCACCUGUCCAAUUCCGUGCGUAUGCAUCAGCAUUCUCCGAGUCUCUUGGGAAGCCAGUCAAGGUUGUGGAUGAUUUGCAGUUGACUGAGCCUCGAGAAAUUGAGUUGAACUUCAAACUUCCGAUGGCCACUCAACGCAACGGCAGUCUUUUCAUGUCUUUCUUUCUCUUACCAAGUGGUUUCGUCGGCGAUGAUCCCCAUAUGGCGAAGUGGAAUGUUCAUCAAAGGAAGCUUAUGUCUGCAUAUCGAGAGCCAGAGCAAACUUUCAACCUAAUGAAAGGGGAAGUUAAAAAGAAACUACCACCUGUGACUCAUAUACAGUCUGAGCUCCAUAUAAUGAGUUUGGAGAAUGCUCCGGAUCUUUGGAUAAAGGAACUUCCGGAACUGAUAUCUCUGUUGCGUUGGGAAAACGGAGUAUACUAUCCGAUACUAUACGUAGCGGAACUUCUAAAUCGUGAGAAAAAUCUUGUCGAGCUCAAGCCAGAAAAUAAAACCGUUAACAUCACUGUCGUAUAUCAACCCGCACCUCUGGGUAAAAUUCGAUUUCAUCGUAUGAUUUCUUCAUCUUUGGAGCAACUGAUUGAAUUAGGUUUCACCCGCAAGGAUUUGGAAGACGUAAAAGGCAUAUUCGCAGAUACCAAUCUCUAUCUCCUAGGCAUCACUGUUUUCGUUUCAUCUAUUCAUCUUCUUUUCGACGUUCUCUCUUUUAAAAAUGACAUAGCAUUCUGGCGUGGUCGGAAAUCCAUGGUAGGACUCUCUACCAAGGCUCUACUUUGGAGAUGUUUUUCAUAUACAGUGAUUUUUUUCUACUUAAAAGAUCAGGAAACAAGUCUUCUUGUAAUUGUUCCAGCUGGAAUCUCAGUUUUGAUAGAAUUCUGGAAAUUGAAGAAAGCUCUAAAGGUUUCUUUUUCAUGGCGAGGACUAGAGUUUGGAGCCCAUUCGGCAGAGGAAGCUGAGACAGAUGCUUUUGACAAUGAAGCAAUGAAAUAUUUAGCAUGGCUCAUGACUCCACUGUGCUUUGGAGGAGCAGUGUAUAGCUUGAUGUACGUACCACAUAAAUCUUGGUACAGCUGGGUAGUUGAAUCUCUUGCUAAUGGUGUCUACGCAUUCGGAUUUCUUUUCAUGCUUCCGCAGCUGUUUGUGAAUUACAAGCUGAAAAGCGUUGCCCAUCUCCCUUGGAAGGCCUUCAUGUACAAGGCGUUCAAUACGUUUAUCGACGAUUUAUUUGCUUUCAUCAUCGUGAUGCCUACAGCUCAUCGUGUCGCCUGUUUUCGUGACGACAUUGUGUUUCUGAUCUACCUCUAUCAACGUUAUCUUUAUCCUGUUGACUAUUCGCGAAUCAACGAGUUUGGAGAGGCUGGUGAAAAGCAGUCAUCUUCCACUGAAAAACCGAAGGAAGAAUAUGUAGCUGACAAACUCGCCACUGGCAAGAACAAGAAGAAAUUUUCGGAGAAACUUGAUUGA